GCAAUGUGUAUCCGGAUGUGAAAUAAUUUUGGUGGCGAGACACGUAUCGGGCAAAAAAAAGACAAUUUUAUGCCUUAAAACAACGAUUAUUCUAAAGAUCAUACUCAAAAUAUAAAAUAUGGCUAAUAAACCGUAUACUGAUGAUUCAGAAAAUCCAUUUGCGGAUCCUUCUGUUGCCUCUAUGACUAGUAAUGCUGCCAGAGGAAUAGAGGAUUUUAAUCCUUUCGCUGACGAAAACCAACCAAGUAAAGGACCUUCCACAAAGUCAACAAUUCCAGCCCCAGUUAUAGCUCCUAUACCAAAACCCACCACACAGCCAGCUAUCAUAGAAACAAGGCAAGAACCACCUCCAUACUCUGUUGUUGAAGAACAAGAGAACCUAAAGAAAAGACAAGAGGAUUUGGAGAGAAAAGCUGCAGAACUACAAAGAAAAGAACAAGAACUACAGCGCAUGCAAUUUACAGGUUACAGAGAAAACAAUUUUCCACCUUUUCCAAAGUGGUGUAAAUGCAAGCCUUGUUUCUAUCAUGAUAUUCAAGUAGACAUCCCAAUAGGAUACCAGAAGACAUGCCGACUUCUCUUUCUAAGAUGGCAAGCAUACUGUUUUGUGAUGUUUUUCAAUUUUCUAUCUGCCCUUGCACUGAUGAUUGAAAAACCCACUAAAGAUAGUUAUGCAGAUGGCGAGACAUUUGGCAUCUCUAUUGCAUACCUUCUCAUAAAUAUCCCUGCCUCAUUUCUGUGCUGGUACAGGCCUGCAUAUAAAGCCUUGAAGAAUGACAGCUCAUUUAGCUACGUGAUAUUCUUCCUCAUCUUCUUUCUGCACAUAGGAAUAAACAUUUAUUAUUCUCUGGGAGUUCCUGCAGGUGGAACAUGUGGGUUUAUCAAUGCUACUGCAGCAACAACUAACAUCCCUCUGAGUGCAAUGAUGUAUAUCUGUGCUGGUUUCUUCCUCAUUGGAGUUCUUAUUGAUAUCUUCUUGCUAAUUAAGAUGCACAGGAUCUAUCGUAUGGCUGGUGCCAGCUUUGAAAAAGCCCAGGGUGAAUUCACAAGGGGUGUGGCAACCAACCCCCACGUCCAGGCUGCCGCAACAGAAGCUGCUGUACAAGGAAUCUCAGGAGCUAUGUCUGAUAAGAAAUAAUUUGUCAAUCAUUUGUCUGUACUAAGUAGUUAACAUCCUUAUCAGACCAUAGUCAAUGAUGAUAUUUUCCUAGGCUCAAAUCCUGUAUUGGAUUUAAAAUACAGUGUCUUAACUGUAGCCAUUGGUAGACAAAACCUUUCUUAUUAUCUUUGUUCCUGGUCACACAAACAAAGAAAUUUUCUGAUAAUUUGAAUCAAAUCAAAAUAUAAACAAAAACAUGUCUUCGUUGUACCAGAGGGUUGUUUUGGUGAAACAUAAGUUGGUAAUGGGAACCAAACGAAUCACUUGUUUAGAGUAUAGAUUUACAAGUUUUCGUACUGAAGACUAGCUCAUGCAAAAGCUAUUCAAAGCCAGGAAUUCUUUUCCUGUAGAGCCACGUCGAUUCAAGUGACAGAGAGGACAACAGGAGGGCAUGUCAGUAAUACUUGUAUAAGAAUCAUAUGAUAUCAAAUAGAAUAAAAAUUUGACGAUAAUAUAGACUCUAGGUUCAGCUACUCGCACUAAUAGGUCCUCAUUUUUGAUUCCGCUGCUAGGUUACAGUGAAGGAUUUCGUAGACAAGUGAUUCUACUCCUUUUACAAAUAUAAAAAUACUAAAAUGGAAUUAUCCUCACGAUAAAUAAUAGACAAACUUUAUUGAUAAUACACCCGAGUGAACGCUGAUAGAA